GUUGUUUGCAACUGGCUGAUCGUCGUCGUCCACGAGGCGGCCGCAUGUGGUGGAGCCAACCAGUCAGCGACUCUUUGUGGCCGCCCUGUUCGCGUAUCCGCAACACAACCUGGAUUCAGGAUCACUUUAGCCCCAAGGUGGACCGUGGUUGAUGGCUGUGAAUCGCAGCCGUUUCAUUCAUCAGGUGACGUUCCUGUGAAGAUCAUCGAGUCCUCUCACUCCUGAGUCCGAACAGCCUCGUUGUCUGCUGUCAUCAUGGACAACCUCGCUGCCCAGGCUGGUUGACGCCUACGGGGCAAAAUGUUCAAACCACGCACCCAAAAGCCCCUCCUCCCCUUUACUGUGCGGCGGCGGCUCUCGAUUCUGGCUCUGGUUAUUUUCCUGGUCUUCCUCUUCCAUUCGCUGCCAUCGAAGAAAGAUCGCGUUGUCGCGGGAAAAUGGCUGCCCGACUAUGACGUCGAGGAUGUCCCGCGAUUCCUCCAUCGCUCUCCUUUUCGAGUUUCUCCCGACUACGAUUACGAGCGCAGGGUGUCCGAGGCGCUGCAGAAGAUCGAGCGGGACUUUCUAGAAAACCACAGCGGCGAUCGCUCAGCAGAAGAGCGCAUCUGGCAGAUCCGCCUGGGAAAGAGCCCGAAAGAAGAGCGCAGUGCCGACUCGAUCAGGUUCAGCGACAGGAAUAAUGAAUGGGAAUACACACUCGUCGCAGAUUCUCAGGCCGACCACUUCCUCACCACCGUGCUCUCCUCCGUCCCUGACUUGAAGAAGCUGUACGAUUCCUACCCUCACCACGUUAUCCGAUCGGACUUGCUUCGCUACCUCCUGCUCUGGUACCACGGCGGCUACUACGCAGAUACCGACGUAUACCCUGCGAAAUCCAUAAAGGAAUGCCCGUCCUUGCAACCCAUAUUCGCGGACCUCGAUUCCGGAAACGGAAACAUCUCGCUCGCGGUCGGGGUUGAAAUCGACGAACCACACGCCUCGCCGCAGCUCAUGCGCGACUGGCAUUGGAUCAGAACAUACGGCCUGAUCCAGUAUACAUUUUAUGCGCCGCAGCGAUUCAGCCCUCUCCUUCGCGAGGUUAUUGUCCGGGUCCUGUCGCAUACGCGACAGCAUAAUCAGCACAGCUUUCCACUCAUUGGGCCCCGGUACAACGAGAAGACGAUUCUCGAGGUCACCGGGCCUGGGGUCUUCACGGACGCGAUCAUCGAUACCCUCUCCGAUGCGCUACCAAUGACGCACCCGUUAAUCUCGCAAUCAGUUCGGGCGGAUGAGAAAAUCGGCGACCUUGUCGCACAACCGUCGGGAGAGCUCUCGAGGCGUGUAACGUGGGCGCCAUUCCACAAGAUUAGUGAGCCGGUCUGCGUAGAUGCGCAGGAGGCUGCGAUCGGAAAGUCGAUGGGGGGAGUCUGCGUUCUCCCGAUAAAUGCCUGGGGCAAUGGCCAGCGGCAUAGCGGUGCAGAGAGCUUUCGCAGCCAGCAUGCCUGCAUCAAUCAUCGGUUUGGAGGGACAUGGAAGAAGGACUGGUGGCAUCGCCAUAUCGGAUAGACUGUAUAUUAGCUAUAGAAAUGAAAACAUACUUGUACCAGUUAUCAAAUCAACAAACGAAUUCAAACCGUCAUCUUU